AUGACCGACAUCAUCAACGAAGUCAAAAGUGCCCCAGACACAUUCACCAGCUGGGACAAAUGUAUGGAAAAGGCUUAUUGCAAGUGGCCUGCCAUUGUCGGAAUCGUCAUCGGCUCUCUCAUCCUUCUUUCUUUCCUCUGGUGCGUGGUCCAGUGUAUCUGCUGUGGUGCCACAUUAUGCUCCUGUUGUUGUGGCGGGUGUCGCGGCUGUGGGUCAAAGGGUAGUGGUCGAGACCGGCGUUCGAAACAUCAAGAUGACUAUACUCGAAUGCCUCCCACUCCUUACGGUGGCUAUCAACCGGCCCCUGCUCCAAUGGCAUACGGCAUGCCCCAGUAUAACGCCGCACCUCGAUUCGCCACCUUUGAGGAUCCGAGCAGGAAGAUUCAUGAGGAUAGCCUGCCACAUAUGCCCAGUUGGGACACCGCUGCGAAGAGAAGGGUCGAGGACACCAGUUAUCACCCGAAUGAUGAUCUGGAGAUGAAUCAACUUGACCCCCAUGCACAAGCAGUGCGUGGUGGUGGCUACAACAGUGUUCCCCAUGGGCCACUAUCACCUCAGCCUCAGCCUGACGUUUACGGACACAACACCGGUAUCAACCAGCCCUACAACUCUGACCUCGGAGCUCAAAGAGUGGCUCCGCAUGAGAACGAUUAUAAUUCGUUCCAGGCCGUACCGUUGAGCCCUCCCCCAACAUAUCGUUCUAAUUCAGUGGCUCCGUCAACCGCCGAUAAGUUCAUGCCUGGCACCGCUAGCCCGAGUCCAGGCGAAUACAAUCGCCAACAAACAUACCAGCAUCAGCAGCCAUCCUCGUAUGGCCCCAGCAUGACGAGUACGAGAUAUGAGCCUCCACAGCCCAAUCAUGCGGCGUACGGUGGCCAGCAGACGUAUCAACAGCCUCCCAGCUUUUUGCAACCGGGUCAUGGAAGUUACCGAGAAGUCUAG